CCUUACAAACAACAUCAUCACUGUACCUAAAUCAGGAAGCACCGACACGCUUUUUUUCUCUUUUUCUUUUUUUUUUACGGAGGCACUUUGGUGAUUACGGCAACGUCGACCGAUAACGGGGGAAAAUACGUAAUUGUUGAUGUUGACGACCACCGUCGACCAACGCCGAAAGAAGACUGACAGUUGGUUACAUCCAGUGCAAGGCUCAGCUGUGGAUGCAUUUGACACAGACUAACAGGAGAAGGUCUCUGUCAGCAGCAUGGGCCAGCAUCUAGUAAAGAGGGAGUCACCAGACAUCAAGGCUCCAUCACCUGAACCCAAAGCAGCGCAGACAGCGGUGGCGGCGCCAGAACCUGAAACACAGGAUGAAGUCUUUGGCCUGGGUGAGGCAGAUGCGAACCAGAACAAUGGCUGCGUCUCGGAGAAGCCGGCGGUGACUGACUCCACGGGCGCUGAGGGCCCCCGCCAGCCUUGGACCGACGCCAGCACAGCUGACCCUGACGCCGCCACGCCACGCCCCCACCUGGUCCGCCUCUUCUCUCGAGAUGCCCCGGGCCGAGAGGACAACACCUUCAAAGACCGACCCUCCGAAUCGGACGAGCUGCAGACCAUCCAGGAGCACAGCGGAGCGGCUUCAGAGUGCGGGUCGGAGAGCCCCGAACAGGACUAGAAUAGGCUAGC